UUGUAAGUUGUCUAUUUGCUACGAUGUAGUCUCGUCUUUGAGUCCUUUGCCUGGCUCACAAAUGUCGAUCAUUCGGGUUGGCUCCUCUUCCGAACCGGGGCAAACGACCAGCAAACGACCGUCUAGACAUAAGUGCGGUAAGUGACAGCGAAAUGAUUCCCUCACUGGUCAGACAAACCACACAUGAACAAUCAGCGGCGUCACGACGGUAGCAGCAGUCAGCGCGGCAAGAAGCAGAAGUCUCCAGUCCAAGCCCCUUGUUCGAGCGACACUGGUCAGAUCACUACGGCGAGCAGUGGCACAGCGCAAGAAACUGGCACAAGCUCCGCACACCAGUUGCCCAGUCAACAUCGGAGCGAAGCACCUAGGAGCACUUCUUCAGACACCGCAAUAACGCCUCCAACCCAACAUGAACACGCAGCAGCCGAGAGCACCUCUUCGAGCCCAGGCGCAAGGCGGCAUUCAUCUACUGCAAGAGGCGAUCGUCUACUAUCGGCAGAUCUGUCAGAGUUCGCCAAAGUACAACAAGCACUCCAAGAAGGAUCAACCUCCGACAGCGAGGUCGCAUCGAUGAGGACCAACACAGAAUUUGAACGCAUAGGGCACAGCGACGUAGCUGAACACGAUGUUGUCAUUGCUGCCGCUGGUGCGGCCGCUGAAGCCGUCGAAGAUGCGACUUGGGUUCGUGACAUCCCAGAAGAUGUUCCGGAGGCGGACACUGCUGGAAGUGGCGUGAGGCCGGCGAUGGGCAGAAGCAGGGAUGAUAGCGAUGGUAGCUGAGUAAGGGAGCCAAUAGAGGGUUGUUAUAGCGAAGGUCGCGGGCUGGGGAAAUGUUUGAAGCGUGGUGACGACUGCGAAGUUGUGCGAUAUAGUGGCCGUAGGUACGAACGGCUUAUGCCCUAGAGCAAAUGAUCACAACAAGUCGAUGCAGCCGGGUAGAAAGCAAUCCCUGUCGUAAUGUAUCGGGAUAUUACCAUGAUCAGACUGCUCCGUCAGAUCUUGAUUCUCUGCAUUAGAUAAGUUCAUGACUCCCUUCUUCCUUAAUUCAGAGAUAAGA